CAAGUUAGUUUGUCUAUCUGUCUUGUCAUUUUAGUGUAGGUACCAUUUAAAGGAAAAACAUUUCUUUUGUGAUAAAUUGAACUGAAAAUGGCAUCUUUAGACCUUUUAACGCCACAUUUAUCCAAAAUCAAAAUACCGGCUCCUCAACAAUUGAUCUACAAAGAUGAAUGUGUUUACUCUUUCGACAAUCCGGAAUCAGAGACUGGCCUGUACGUGUCACUAAUAACGUUCCUCGGCUUCGGCCGCAAUUACGUGGAGCAGUAUUUCCAGAAGACAGACAAUGGUGUCUUUCUUCACAUACACAGAGAAAAGAAACCUAUACCAGAGCCGGAACACACAGGAGAUGGUCCAGAGAAGAAGAUCACCCGGCUGGCGAUCGGAGUGGAGGGAGGAUUCGACCCAGACAGCGGGAAGCCCAAGUUUACUUUUACCGACCACUACAAUGUGGUGUUGCUGCCCGGUUUCCACACAUACCCGUGGCCUAAUCCAAACUUGCCUGAUGUGGUGAAGAAGUCUGUACAAGGAGUGAUCGACGCGGAGUCCCCGUUCAAAAUCGCUGAGAUGGCAGCUAUGCAGGGCACGUGGGAUGGCGAAACCAGAGAAGUUUCUGUACACGCUGUUAACUUGAAACAGCUGGACAACGGCGUGAAGAUCCCGCCAUCGGGCUGGAAAUGUGCCAAGUGCGAUCUGACCACGAACCUAUGGCUGAAUCUCACGGACGGCUCCAUACUGUGCGGUCGACGUUUCUUCGACGGGUCCGGUGGGAACGAUCAUGCUGUUGAACACUACCGUGAAUCAGGCUAUCCUCUGGCGGUGAAACUGGGUACUAUAACCGCGGAGGGCAAGGGGGACGUGUACUCGUACGCCGAAGAUGAUAUGGUGGAGGACCCGCAUUUGGCAGAACAUUUGAAACACUUUGGCAUCAACGUCCAGCAGUUGCAAAAGACAGACAAGUCGAUGGUGGAGCUGGAGCUGGAGCUGAACCAGCGGUCCGGGGAGUGGAACACUUUGCAGGAGUCUGGCAGCGAACUGAGGCCUCUGCACGGACCAGCACUCACAGGGCUCCACAACCUUGGCAACUCAUGCUACAUGAACAGCGUGCUGCAGGUAAUAUUCCGUAUACCGGACUUCGUGCGGAGGUUCGUGGAGGGCGCUCCGGAUAUCUUCGCGACCUUCCCCGAGGACCCAGUCAACGACUUCAAUGUUCAGACCGCCAAGCUAGGCGUAGGGCUCCUGUCCGGGCGCUACUCGCAGCCGCCCAGCGCCAGCGACCCGGAGCCGCGCGGCGUGAGCCCGCACAUGUACCGCCAGCUGGUGGGCCGCGACCACCCCGAGUUCAUGACCAAGCGGCAGCAAGACGCACACGAGUUCUAUCUCCACUGGCUGACGUUGUUAGAGCGCAACAGCCGCCACAAGCCGAACCCGGGCGAAUGCCUCAAGUUCAGCGUGGAGGAGCGCAUCCGCUGCGGCGCCAGCGGCGGCGUGCGGUACACGCGGCGGCGCGAGCACCACCUGCCGCUGCCGGUGCCGCUCAGCGCCGCCGACAACGCCGCGCUCGUGCGCGACGGCGAGGCGCGCCGUGCGCGGGCGCAGGCCGCCGGCCAAGCAUUGGACCCGUCGCAAAUAGUGAGACCACAUAUACCAUUCUCUGCGUGUCUGGAGAGCUUCAUGAAGGAGGAGACAGUCGAACAGUUCUACAGCAGCGCCGUCAACGAGAAAGUCACCGCGUACAAGGUGACGCGGCUGGCCACAUUCCCCGAUUACCUGCUGAUCCAGCUGAAGAAAUUCACCAUCAGAGAGGACUGGACCCCCGCCAAACUGGAUGUAGCCGUCGACAUGCCUUGGGAGGUGGACCUGAGCUGCCUGCGCGGGCGCGGGCUGCAGGCGGGGGAGAGGGAGCUGCCGGACGCGAAGACUGACGCGCCCGUGCCCGUCUACGACCAGAAACUACUCGCCGACCUCAUGGAGAUGGGUUUCCCGACGGAGGCGUGCAAGAAGGCGCUGUACUACACAAACAACUCCGGUAUGGAGGCAGCCUCGCACUGGCUCAUGGAGCACAUGAACGACUGGGACUUCGCCAACACGUUCACGCCGCCCAACGCUCAGACCACUGGCGCAAGUUCGCAGCCCGAGGCGGACGAGGCCAGCGUGGAGCAGAUCGUGAACAUGGGGUUCACGCGCGCGCAGGCAGGCUCUGCGCUGGCCGCCACGGCCGGGGACGUGGGCCGCGCCGUGGACUGGAUCUUCAGCCGCGCCGACCAGCUCGAGCCCGCGACCUCGCCCGCGCCCGCCUCGCCCGCCGACUGCAGGGAUGGGCCCGAGAAAUACAAACUGAUCGCAUUUAUCUCCCACAUGGGCACAUCGACCAUGGUCGGCCACUACGUGUGUCACGUACUGCAUGAAGGACGUUGGGUUAUAUUCAAUGAUAACAAGGUGGCGCUUUCAGAAAACCCGCCAAAAGAUCUCGGGUACUUGUAUCUAUAUGAAAGGCUGUGAUGUCAAAGAAUGGGAAACAAAUUGAUGGAAUGUACCAAAAAUCGCUAGCUCGCAAGAUACUCGUGUUAAUGCCGUUCAGUUGUAAGGUUCGAGUAACUACUUUUAGGCGAUAUUUAUUUUAUAUAGGCACAGAUGUUGUUAGAAAUUGCAAUUAGGUAAAUGAAAUUAUAUUGUUUGCAGGUGUACUGCUUAACUGAAUAUGAAUAAGCAUACAUAAAUGACAAGUUAAAAGGUCCCAAGUGACAUCACAAAUAUUAUUUGAAACCCAAACUAAAUUUCAUAAUCUUUACGUACUUAAUAUAGACUGUAUUACUUUAUACUAAAAUUAUAUGAAAUCAAAUAGUUCUUCAGAAUCACAAACUUCAAUUUUGAAAAAAAAGGAGAAGGCUUGCUAAUUAAGCAUCAAGCCUGUAUUAAUUAAAAAGUAGUUAUGUAAAGGAAUCUGUAUUAUCUAAUAAAAAUAGUUUCUCGUUUGCAUAAGAAUGCAUUUCUGUUAUAAAAAUAUUUUUAAAGUGCAAUUUAUUGAAUUUUUUUACAUAUUUUUUUCAAAAAGAGUAAAACUUUGGUACUAUGUUGUGUUGUAUUCUUUUGUACAACAGUUCUUGACAAUAUAAUUGGUGUGUGUGCCAAUACUACUGAAUGUUUAUGCUUGUAACAAUAUUGUAAAUUAAGUAUUGUCUAAAAAACAGUGUUUAUGUAAUUAAAUGAUUUGAAAACAAAAAUAACAACGAAAAAUUUAAAUAAAAAAUAAGCUAAUGCUCUCUUAA